AUGAGCGACAGCGGCGAGCAGAACUACAGCGAGCAGGAAUCCCAUUCGGCUUCCAGAAGUGGAAGUGCUCAUGGAUCUGGGAAAUCUGAACUCCAUCUCCCUGCAAGAUCAAAGUCCAGGUCCAGAGCUGAAUCUAGGUCUAGAUCCAGAAGAAGUUCUCGAAGACAUUACACAAGGUCCCAUUCCCGCUCUAGCUCCCAUAGGCGAUCCGGAAGCACUUCUCACAGUCAAUCGCGUCAUAUGGGAAAUCGGGCAAUUCCUGAUCCCAACUGUUGUCUUGGAGUAUUUGGGUUGAGCUUAUAUACCACAGAGAGAGUUCUAAGAGAAGUAUUCUCUAAAUAUGGGCCCAUUGACAAUGUGUCUAUCAUAUAUGACCAGCAGUCUAGACGUUCAAGAGGAUUUGCCUUCGUAUAUUUUGAAAAUGUAGAUGAUGCCAAGAAAGCUAAAGAAUGUACCAAUGGAAUGGAGCUUGAUGGCCGUAAGAUUAGAGUUGAUUUCUCCAUAACAAAACGACCACAUAGCCCAACACCUGGAAUUUAUAUGGGGAGACCUACUUAUGGCAGCUCACGUCGCCGAUAUUACUAUGACAGAGGAUAUGAUAGGGGCUAUGAUGAUCGGGACUACUACAGCAGAUCAUACAGAAGACCAGGAGGGAGAGCGGCUCAAGACAGGGAUGAGAUUUACAGAAGACGAUCACCUUCUCCCUGCUACAGUCGUGGAGGAUACAGAUCCCGUUCCAGAUCUCGAUCAUACUCUCCACGCCGCUAUUAA